AUGGUUACAAAAAGUAGUUUACGUGAUGCUAACUACAUAUACUUAGUUGGACAUCCAUCAUCUCAAAUCGUCGGUAGUAAAUUGCCGUCAAUUCAACAGGUGUUAUCUGUGUUUUUUUAUAAUAUGCGUGAGGUAAAGCUUAACAUAAAUGAAAGUUCUAAAUUAGUUAUAAAAGAAGUAAGUAUUUUCUGGCAAAAAGCACGUAUACCGAUAAAAGCAGAACAACACUGUAUUACAAAAUUACAAAAAUAUUACUAUGAAUGGAGAGAUUUACAAAAAUUGCAGCACAGAAAAACUGAAACACAACUAAAAAAAAAUGAACAAUUUAUUUCGAUAUUAAAUGAUCUUUUUGAUAUUGCACAAGCUGAUGCACUGAAUAUUAUAAAGAUAGAAGAAGAUAGAUCAUUUUUAAUUUCUCAAAGACAAAAAAACCGUCCUGGAUCAAUGAUUGGAGUUGAUUUAAAAAUUACCAGAAAGGAAGAAAGGGCUGCAGAACGACUGAAAGUAUUUGAAGAAAAUAGAAAACGUACUUAUAGUGAAAUGGAAAUAGCUAAUACGUUUCGAGACACCACUUUGUUGUCUGACGCGUCCACUAGCGAAGAUGAAGAGGAUAUGAAUCAACCUGGUCCAUCUAAAUCACCAACAGACUGCACAAAAAAAGUAAGAGGCAAUACAGAUUUUAUAACGGCAAAACUUGCGGCUGCAUUUGAUAGAUGUAAAAUUAGCGACAGAGAUGCGGUUCAUAUUUUAAUUGCAACUGCAGAAGCAUUAGGUAAAGAUUUAAAUGAAUUAGUUAUAAAUAGAACUUCAAUUCGGCGUUCACGUUUAUGUCUUCGAAAAGAACGUGCUGAAAGUAUUCGUAAUAAGUAUAAAAUAUCAAUCGAUGAUUCAAUAACUAUUCACUGGGAUGGGAAACUUUUACCGGCUUUAACAGGCAAGUAUAAUGUGGAUAGACUUCCAAUUGUAGCUUCAUGUAAUGGUAAAGAACAAUUACUUGGAGUUCCGGCUCUUGAUACCGGGACAGGAGUUGAUCAGGCUAAUGCAAUAUUUCAAACACUUGAAGAUUGGUGUGUUACAGAUAAUAUUCAAGCAGUAUGCUGUGAUACAACUGCCUCCAACAUGGGUCGUAUAAAAGGUGCCUCUGUUUUAUUGGAGCAUUUACUACAGCGUAAUAUUUUAUACGUGCCGUGUCGGCAUCAUAUUUUUGAAAUUGUAUUGAGAAGUGUAUUUGAAGUGAAAUUUGGUAUAACUACAUCAGGUCCAGACGUUCCAAUUUUUAAACGAUUUAGAGAAUUUUGGUCAAAUGUAAAUACUACAAAUUUUGAAUCUGGUAUCAAAAAUGAAUAUGUUGAAAAAUUAUUGCACAACGUUAGUACAGAAAUAAUAGAGUUUUGUAUUAGUUAUUUAAAUAAUAGGCUCCCCAGGGAAGAUUAUAGGGAACUGUUAGAGUUAACCAUAAUUUUUCUUGGAGGAGUACCACCACGAGGACUCUCAUUUAAAAUACCUGGAGCCAUACACCAUGCACGGUGGAUGGCCAAAGCAAUAUACUGUUUAAAAAUAUAUAUAUUUCGAAAACAGUUUGAUUUAAAACAACGAGAAGAAAUAUCUAUUGCUAGUAUAUGCGUGUUUAUUGUUAAAUUAUAUGUAAAGGUUUGGUUUAAAGCUCCUCUAACUUCAUGUGCGCCACUGCAAGAUUUAACAUUUUUAAAAGAUUUAAUAAAAUAUCAGUCAGUCGAUAAGAGUAUUUCAGAUAUAUCCAUAAAAAAAAUGUGUGGGCAUUUAUGGUAUUUAUCUCCAGAAGCUGCAGCAUUCUCAUUUUUUGACGAGGAUGUCUCCGUGGAAACAAAGAAAAAAAUGAUAACGGCUUUAAAUACGGACUCCGAAGACGAAUUCAGAAAACAAUAUAUUCUCAAACCAAACCAAGUUGAUUCAAUUUUAAACAAAGGUCUUGAAGAUUUUAUAUGUUCAGAAUCUAUGACACUAUUUAAUCGCUUCAAAAUAAAUACUGAAUUCCUAAAAAUUGAUCCGUCAUCUUGGCAAAAUAAUGAAAACUACAAAAAAGCUGCAGCUAUAAUUAAAAAUAUACCUGUUGUCAAUGAUGUUGCUGAGCGAGGGGUUAAACUAAUAGAAGAGUAUAAUGACAAAAUAACAAAAGACGAAAGCCAAAAACAAUAUUUACUGCAAGUUGUGUACGACUAUCGUAAAACAUAUCCAGACUCAAGAAAAGGAACACUAAUGAAGAAAUAA